GGAGGGGUGGGCGAGGAAAGAGAGAAGGGGGGAGGUGGCGGGACAGCUCCCUGGUGCUGAAAUCGCUUCAGCACAGCCAACGAGCGACGCGGAGGGGAGGCGGAAGAAGAAGAAGACGAAAAAAAAACAUAAACAAACAUUUCCUAAAACAAAGAAGGACAAUUUGUACACAGACUGAACUCCAGUCCAGGGCCUUGGAGACAGAUGGCUGCCACUCAGGAUGCGAAAGGCAAGGGCGAGGGCGGUGACCAAAACUUCGACUACAUGUUCAAGCUGUUGAUCAUCGGCAACAGCAGCGUGGGAAAGACGUCCUUCCUGUUCCGCUACGCCGACGACGCCUUCACCUCGGCCUUCGUCAGCACAGUGGGCAUUGACUUCAAAGUGAAGACGGUGUACAAAAACGACAAGAGGAUCAAGCUGCAGAUAUGGGACACAGCAGGCCAGGAACGUUACAGGACCAUCACCACGGCCUACUACCGCGGCGCCAUGGGCUUCAUCCUCAUGUAUGACAUCACCAACGAGGAAUCCUUCGGCGCCGUGCAGGACUGGUCUACCCAGAUAAAAACAUACUCGUGGGAUAAUGCACAAGUGGUGCUGGCUGGUAAUAAAUGUGAUAUGGGAGAGGAACGAGUGGUGUCGGUGGAUAGCGGCAGGCUGUUGGCGGAACAGCUGGGCUUUGAGUUCUUCGAGACCAGCGCCAAGGACAACAUCAACGUCAAGCAGACCUUCGAGCGCCUCGUGGACCUCAUUUGCGACAAGAUGUCCGACAGCUUGGACGGCGACCCGGCCGUCACCGCAGGAGCGCCCACUGCCAAACUGACGGACAGUGCUCCGCCCCUCCAGCAUCCCGCCUGCAACUGUUAGUUCUACUUCCUGCAACGUGUUUAUGUCGUCCCACUGCCCCCAAACGCAUCUCCCCUCGCCAUCUGGACCGUUUAGUGGUAGUUACUAAAAUGCUGUCGUACUAGCGCCUAACCUUCGUCACCUUCUAACACGAGCAAAUAAGAAGUUACAGGAUGUGCACUUAGCGACACCGUCGCUAACCUCCAUGUUUGUAGUCCACUUCAUUGUAAAGCAUCCAAACUAAACCUAAAACCUUAGUGAUUAUGUUGUGUAACUUUUAUUUAAAGGAGACAUAUUAUGCAAAUGCUUUCACAAUCUUAAACAGUUCCUGCCUCUCUUAAUAAAUUACUCUCUGACAUUCUUCUGUCAAAAUACACAAAGGACAAAGAAAUACAGCACACUUCAUCUUACUGAAUAUGAAGUGUGCUGUAUUUUGGGGGGGUGGGGGAGGCGAGUCUCUCUUUGGGGGGCUGGCGAGUCUCUCUUAUGCAAAUGUGGAGUAUGGCUUUCGUUACCAUGAUGACCGGGGGUUGAAACUAGGGUGUUGUGAUGAAGUGCGCUGCUACUCAGUGUUGCCAAUUUAUCAAGUUUGUUGCUAUAUUUAGUGAAAUUUCAGACCCCUUUAUGGACUACUCAAUAAAAUAAAUUUUAAAAAGCGGCUAGCAAAAUUUCGACUGAAUUUUCACCUGUGAAGGCAGCACUUCAUCGGCCUCAUGCAGAUUCCGAAUCCAGAUUUUAUUUGUAUUUUUUUAAACUAUCAUGAUGACUAGGGGCGGAGCUAGGGCAUCGCAAUGGCUACUCACUGUUACCAGCUUAAACAACAAAACUAAACAUUUGAUUGCAUUUGCACUCACGGAGGCAGCACUUGACCACCAAGCCGUGGAAUUCGACUUUGUCAAUCAGUGUACUGGUCAACAACUUAGUCAAACAUUGGAGUAUGCGCUAGUUAUCAGAAGCUAACGCUGAUAACGAUGUUAAUGUAUUUCAAGCUGUGGUUUCAGUGAAAUCUCCAUAAUAUGUCCCCUUUAAAUCUUAGGCUGCCAAAUAGGGCGCUCCUUGAGGCGCUUGUGUGUGUGUUUGUGAAUGAACUUUUGAGGGGAUUUUAAGGUGUUUAAAAAAAAAAAAAAAAAGUGGCCUUUUAGCAUCUCCAACACGGCCUCAGUCCUGUUUUUAUUUGUUUCCGCGUCGUCCUCCAGCGAGGCCCUUUUACACGAGCUUCCGCAUGGCACUGAAAACAAAACAAAAAAGCCAAUCACGCGUUCAGCUUAAAAAGACAAGACGUGCGUUGGCGUUUUUGAUCUCACAACUGUGACACAGCACAGGAAGUAAAUGUACUAUUUAACUUGUCUGGAUGGAGGGGAAUUGACAGCCAUAGUUUCCUUUGGGAGUCAGCACGCUAAUAGAGCCAACAGCUCCUACUAGUGGGCGCCGAGGGCACUGCAACAGUGAGCUGUGUCCAAUUGUAGCUUAUUUGAAUAUCCUUGGCCUUUUUGGUUCUGUUGGAACACUUGCAAUCAUGGAAAUAUUUGUGCCAAAAGAAAAGUAAAAAAAACAAACAAAAAAAAACUAAAUAAAAAAAACACUCCCUUUAGCUUCGUUUGUUUGUUGUGUCGUCAACGAAAUAACAGCAGGAAAAUGCAUGACCUUGAAAGUAGAUUUAUAUCCCAGUAUAAAUAAAAUAAGUGUAUAUAUAAAUAUAUAUUAAUGCUAUGUUAACAGAUUUAAAAAAAAAAAAAGCAUGCUUGCGGCGCUCGCCGUGACGUGCAAAUGGGCCAAUAAGUGCAAUAUUUUAUGGCUUUAAAAAGCCUGUAAAUAGUCUCUCCAUCACUAUGACUGCAGUGUGUACGUGUGUGUGUGUGCCAUAUUGUUUAUGUACACAUUUUUGUAAGAAAAAAAAAGGAGAUGGUGUCCCCGCUACAUGUCAAUCAUGUCAAACUGCAGUGUUGUCGUAAAGGGAUCAAUUAGAUCUUGUGUGCGUGUGUGUGUGUGUGUGACAGAGUUUGUGUGAUGUUGUUUGCAGUUGAUGCCAUGAAAUAAGAUAUAAAUGUCGAUCUCAAGUGAAAAUAUCCAUUUUGGAGCAGGGUGAUUUGCAUAAUAGUGACUGGAUAUGCGAGAAGGUUGUGUUUGAGAUGGUAGGAAAUAAAAUCAACUCUAUGUU